AGCAAUAUCUCCAAAUAGACCAACUAGUGCUCCUUUUGAAGUUCGAGGAAUCACAUUAGUGGGUGUUCCAGAGAAACCAGUUGUAGAUAUGGACAGCAUUGAGACUUCGCCCACAAUCACUAUCUUCUGGAGCCUUCCUCCUGAUGUAACUGGCUCUGAGGUGAGCUGGGAGCUAACAGAGCAGACCAGAAGAAGAAGACGAGUCCGCAAUGCUGAGAGAGGGACUAGUGGACCACUCUCUGCAGACGAGAACAGCUACACUAUCGACAAGCUGAGAUAUGGAACUAGCUAUGACAUCACUGUUACAGUCUUCAACCCUGCUGGGAGCUCUUCCACCACCUUCACUCGCUCUACUGAGGGAGGAAUUCCUUCUGCUCCAGUCCUUGACUCAACUCCAACAGUCACUACCAUUACCAUCACCAUCACCGGUAGUGUUCCCAGUGGCUCAGUGGUGACUGGCUAUGUGGUCCAGUGGCAGAGAGACACCUCACUUGUCUGUCCUGAUCUGCGUGAUGAUGGUGGUAUCACUGUGACUAGCAGUAGUUUCACUGGCCGUACAAUAACUGGACUGGAGCCAGGAAAUAGGUACACCAUCACUGUGACAGCCUCUAAUGGAGCUGCUCCCAGUGGUGCUCCUGGCCCAAUCACUCUAGUUACAGUCACACCAAACAGUGCCACUGUCCAAAGUGAUAUCUCUGCUAGUGGGACAUCAUACUCCCUGGAUAGUCUAGAGGAGGGAACUGAAUAUUCCAUCACUGUCUCUGCCACUCUGACUGGGAAUGGAGGGACUCAAGAAGGCAGCACCACAGCCACCACACUGACUGCUGCUCCAUCUGCCCCUCCUCCUGGUGUGACUGUGACUCAUGUGACCUCCUCCGCCAUCACUGUCCAGUGGGGAGAGGUGCCAUGUGCUGUUCAGAAUGGAGCCAUCACAGGCUACUCAGUCCAGUAUGGAGUGAUUGGGAGUGGGAACACAGAGACUGUGACUGUCUCAGGAGCUAGUACCACUCAGACCACCAUCACUGUUCUGACAGUAGAGUCCACAACAGCCACCUCCCUCUCCCUCUCCUGGACCAGUGCUGGCUCAGAGGGAGUCAUGUAUGAGGUGGAGUGGGAGAGAGACACCUCAGUAGGCUGUACUGAUGAGGACACAGGCAGUACCACUAUCACUGGAGGUUCCAUGACUAGCUACACUAUCACUGGACUAGAGGAAGACAGUAGCUCCAUCUGCCCCUCCGUCUCCUGUGAGUGCAAUGGUGGAGAGCUCAACUAGUAUCACUGUCCAGUGGGGAGAGGUGCCAUGUAUCCAUCAGAAUGGAGACAUCACAGGAUACUCAGUCCAGUAUGGAGUGAUGGGGAGUGGGAACACAGAGACUAUGACUGUCUCAGGAGCUAGUACCACUCAGACCACCAUCUCUGGUCUCAAUCCAUCCACUGCUUACUCCAUCCAAGUAGCGGCAGUCAA